AAUAAACACAUACAUAAAUACUUCGUAGGAAUUAAAGAGCGGCUUGGAACCUUUUUGGUUAUCGUCACGCGGGGAAUAUUCAAUGGAUCAGGCUUUGCAUAUUACCUUGUGGAAGCUGAGUAAUAGUAGAGUUACUUAUCGUGAACUAUCAGAUAAGUUUGAUGUUUCAAAAGGGACUGCCCACAAAAUUUUUCUUAAAACGAUUAAUGCAAUUUGCAAGUUAAAAAAUGAAAUAUGUUGGCCAUCAAUUUCCCAGCAGCAAACAGUAAUGGAGCGUUUCCAAGCGAGCCGGCCGAAUGCAUUUCCUUUCGUAGUUGGCUGUUUGGAUGGGACACAUUUUAAAAUAAACACACCGAAGAAGGAUGCAAUUAGCUACUAUGACCGAAAGGGGAACUAUUCCAUUAUUAUGCAGGGCAUAUGCGACAGCACAUUUCGUUUCUUGGAUGUUUUCAUCGGAUACCCAGGGAGCUGCCAUGACGCCAACGUAUGGAAAAAUAGUCCGAUAUACAAAGGAAUUACGUCUGGAGAGAUACAACUUGCAAAAGAUGCUAUAAUUUUAGCUGACUCAGCUUAUCCUCUUACGAAAUAUUUGAUCGCGCCUUAUAGAGAUAAUGAGACAUCUGUUGAGAGAGGAGAAACAAUUUAG